AUCCGCCGACCAGUCGGACAUAUUUUUAGGUCGGACAGCUCAAUGUCAAAGAGAACUGCAUGUGUUUUCACAUCGCAGGCUGCUUGGUGGUCUAAUUUUAUGAUUUUGUUGACAUCAAUAUUUUAAUAACUCGGAGUAUUUGUAAUGUAUUAACGUCGUUGAGUAAAAGCAAUCGUGGAGAGGGUGUAUUUUCAGAUUAGUUAGGCGUACGCUACUUUGAGAAAUGCGACUCACCCUGCAAGCCCUGAUAUCCCAUGGCCGUACGGCCCGUAGAAUGGGUCUGGGACCAGAGUCUCGGAUUAACAUGUUACGGAACAUUUUGACAGGACUUGUCCGACAUGAAAGGAUAGAGACCACGCGAGCAAGAGCCGAUGAAGUCCAAUUCUACGCAGAGAAACUAAUCGACUAUGGCAAGAGAGGAGACACAGACGAAAAGGCUAUGCGCAUGGCAAACUUCUGGCUGACGGAGAAGGAUCUGCUGCCAAAGCUUUUCAAAGUCCUGGCGCCCAGAUAUGAGAACCAGAGGAAAGGCUACACGCGUAUGGCCAGGCUGCCCAACAGGGAGAACUUGGACCGGGCCGCCAUGGCCGUGUUGGAGUACAAAGGCAACCCGUACCCUCCCCUCUUCCCCAUCAAGCAGGACAACGAACUGACUCUAAUUAACCAGCUGCUGAAGGGGUACAGGGAGGAGAAAGCACAGCUCGCUGCUCAGAGGGAGUCCUGAGGAGUGACUUCAGAGAACUGUCAAUCUAAAGAUCACCCCACCCCCCUUUUUGUUUUUUCUUCAUGAGUUAUUGUGAGUUUUGUUUAUGCAUUGGUUCAGUUGGUAAACAAUCAUUAAAUAAUAUAACACCAAAAAAC